ACCGAGGCAGGAUGCUGCAGGGGUCUAGGAGGAAGCAGGGAGCACCAGGGCAGUUGGAGCCGAUGCUGAACGGAUCAUCCCAAGAUCAUCCCCCUAUGAGCCCCCAGGUCCAGGUCCAGGGGUCAGGGGAAAGGGCCCCGGCCCCAGAGCCUCCACCGUAUCCUCCACCUCCUCCUCCAUGUACCAGGCCAAGGCUGGUCUUCCACACCCAGCUCGCCCAUGGCAGCCCUACGGGACGCAUCGAGGGCUUCACCAAUGUCAAGGAGCUGUACGCCAAGAUCGCAGAGGUUUUUGACAUCUCUCCUUCAGAGAUCCUGUUCUGCACCCUGAACUCUCACAAGGUGGACAUGCAGAAGCUCCUGGGUGGCCAGAUUGGGCUGGAGGACUUCAUCUUCGCCCAUGUGAGGGGAGAGACCAAGGAGGUGGAGGUGACCAAGAGUGAGGACGCGCUGGGACUGACCAUCACUGACAACGGCACGGGGUACGCCUUCAUCAAGAGGAUAAAGGAAGGCAGCAUUAUAGACCAUCUGAAGACAGUCUGUGUUGGCGAUCACAUUGAGGCGAUCAACGACCAGAGCAUAGUGGGCUGCAGACAUUACGAGGUUGCCAAGAUGUUAAAGGAGUUACCGAAAGCAACGCCUUUCACCCUGCGCUUAGUGGAACCGAAGAAAGCCUUUGAUAUGAUCGGCCUGAGGACCAAGUCUACAAAGUCAGCUGGAGAAGGGAGGAUGGGCAGCGGCAGAGAAACUCUGCGGCUGAGAUCCAAAGGGUUGGCAACAGUGCAGGAAGCACCUAGCGAGUUUGAAGAACGAGCCGCCAGGAAGGUGGACGACCUGUUGGAGAGCUACAUGGGGAUCAGAGACGUGGAGCUGGCUGCCACAAUAGUGGAAGCAGGGAAGGACAAGACGACGCCUGAUGACUUUGCACAGGCGCUGGAUUCAGUUCUGGGGGACUUCGCCUUUCCAGACGUGUUCCUCUUUGAUGUCUGGGGGGCGAUAGGAGACGUCAGGAACGGGGGGAUUUAGGGGGGACAGGAAAUCUGCAGCACCGGACACUAUUUCAGCCAACAUAUUAGCGUUUUAACAAAGUCGUGCUACGCAAACUGAUUUUUCACACUCUCCACAGGCGCUGGCAAUCAGUUCAGGGUCAUUGGUGUUGAUUGGGCUCCCAUUCAGAGUGAAACAUGUGAAGAAGCAGCUGCUUGGGUUUGUGUGGAUCGCUGCUUUCUUAGACUCUGUGGAGAACAGCAAUCCACACAAACCCAAGCAGCCGUCUCUUCACUUGUUUCACCUGGAAUGGUGAAUUAGUUUUAGAGAGCUUGAUCAGGAUUAUCGAAUAAUCCGUUGUGUGCCGCACUGAUAGGCACACAUUUAACGACCUACAUCCCAUUCCACCGCUAGGAAGAUGUUAGGAAUGUGGACAGUUUCAAAGCCCGUAUUGAUUGAUAUAUUGGAGGUUUAUUUGAAAUUGUCUUACAGAAAAGUUAGAGAAAUACCAUUGUCACACCGAAUUUUUUCCUUGAAGAAAUGUAGCAAAACUUUGUGGGCCCUUAUUUGAGUCCACAAGGAGAUAUUCAGAUACUGUCUCUGAAACCCUGUGCCCAAAGCUGGGGUAUCUGAACACCUUACAAAAUCAUUUAGAAACAAGUUUUGUAACCCCUUUUAAUAUUACAAUCCUGCUGUUGUUUUUUUAAAUAAUGGUUUGGAACUUGUAUUGAUGGCUUUAUGAUAAGUACCAAAUUAAUUUUUCUUUGAAAAAAUCACAUGCUGUAUUUACAUAAUUUGAUACAAUUAACUUUUACGGUUAACAAAAUUAGAGUACGUUAUCAUAACAAUCUAGUUAAAGAGAAAAUUUAAAUAACAGGAAGAUGCCAAUUACAAAUGCUGCAAAAAAAUGAUGACAAUGGCACGUAAUGGGUUAAGUAAGGUAUGUAGUGAAGUCUUUUUUUCCAUUACAAGUACAAAUGGCAAUUGUAUUUUAGGCUCAGCUCACCGCUACCACCCCUGCGCUGAUUCGGGAGCGGCGAAGACGAACACACGCUGUCCUCCGAAGCGUGUGCCGUCAGCCGACCGCUUCUUUUCACUCUGCAGGCCUGCCAUGCAGCCAAACCCAGAGCUACAGUGUCGGAGGACAACGCAGCUCCGGGCAGCUUACAGGCAAGGGUCUGGUGCGCGGUGAGCUGAGGACACCCUGGCUGACCUAACCCCCCCCCCCAGGGCGGGGCUUGGCCAAUUGUGCGCCACCCCCUGGGAUGUCCCGGCAGUGGAAUAGCCUGGACUCGAACCGACGACCUCCAGGCUAUAGCGCAGUCCAUGCGGAGUGCCUUUAGCGGAUGUGCCACUCGGGAGCCCCACAAAUGGCAUUUUUUUUUUUUUUUUCUAAAAAUUUAGUCGUCGCCAAUUAUUUUACCCCGGUUUUCACCCCAAUUUAGCAUGCCCAAUUAUUAUCUGUAUCCCCGGCUCACCGCUCGCAACCCCCCCGCUCAGCCAAUUGUGCGCCGCCCCCUAGGAACUCCCGGUCACGGUCAGCUGUGACAUAGCCUGGAUUCGAACCUGCGAUCUCCAGGCUAUAGGGCACAUCCUGCGAGGAGCGCCUUUACUGGAUGCGCCACUCGGGAGCCCCCCACAAAUGGCAUUUGUAAUAUUAAGGCACUCAUGUUCUUUAACUUUAAGCAAUCAUUUUCUUGCGGAUUAGAUUGUAUGUUGUUUUUUCAUUUUCCCACGUCAACACACCCUCCUUUAAAGUGCAGUUCACUAGACACUCCAUGCUGAAGUGCUGAUGUAUUGAGAAUGUCCAGCUGUCAACGCUUUGAGGACCAGAAGCAACUGUGUUUCCUCCAGGAAAGAAAUCUGCAUUGUUUUCUAUUACAUCUUAUAUACAGUAAAUAUAUUUAAAAAGUACAACUAUUCUUGUGCCUGAAUUUGAAAUGAAAUGAAGGCUCUUGGUACUGAUUUGUUUAUUUGUGUUUAUUUUUUGCUGUGGUUUUAGCUUUUAGUGUGUUCUAUUUAUUUCUUAUUUUGUUUUAUACAUUUAUUGACCUGGUCCUGCUAAAUAUACAGACUUGACCUCCAGUUCAAUCAUACUUUAUGUAUGAAAUUUCCUACAUUUCUUGUGUAACCGACCAUCUUUUUCAUUCGAAAAGCCAAACAGUUGUUUUCAGAAAGUAUUUCCAUCUUGGUGGCCCAUUCUUUAUAUAAUCCAAAGUGCUAUACUCAAUAAAAGUUUCUUGUAAGCUUGCUGAUUAAGGUUGUAUGUGAUAUUUGCUGCAUGAGAUCAAUGCAGUUACUGUAAACCCUCUGUGUUGGUUUUGAGUGUUGCAUCAAACUUGUACCCUGAACUAUUCUUUAAUUGUUUUGAAAGGCGUAAGCCAUGUAAAGUUAUAAAACGAGUAAGCAAUGCACAUACAUUAGGCACAAAGAACCAGGCUGCAAGCUGAGGUUUAUAAUACGUCUCUGGUUAAAUCAUUAACUCCUAAUAAAUUAUGUUCCUCGUGAAACAAGACUGUGGUAUCUGUCAGUCUAACAGCCUAACUGCUAUUCUGUAUGAAGACCUGUUUUGUUUGGCUUCUGUUGCGUUGGUAAUAAAAACACUAAUAUGAUGCAUUGUUUCUUCAUCUCAUUACUUGUGGACUGAGUUUAUGAGCUGGACUGGCUCUGUUCCUCUUUCUCUCGUUGCCGCUCGCAGUGCAAGCCUCUGGAUCCCACAGGACCUUAACGAAAGCAAGAUGUUGCAGCGAGGUUGGAUAAUUGUGUUUUUUUUUUCUUCUUCUUAAAAGACUGUACACUCUGUCUUCAUUCAUCACA